AUGCACGGGCGGGGCACCGGCAAUAUUGAAAACUGCAUUAGCGAAGAGUACAGACGUGCUAAGGUAGCACGUGAAGGGACUGUCCCAGAGGAAGAAACGAAGAAACCUAAACAGAAAGGUGGUGGCAGGAGUAGAAAGCCAAGCACGUCCGCGGUUUCAUCGAACACGACUUAUAGUAUGGACCGUGUGAUGACACACAUAAAGCUGCUUCACAAGGAGGUUCUCAAUAUACCCGAAAGAUGUGCACAGAUGGUCAUGGAAAGGUUGAACACGGAAGGUGUGCUGUACAAACCCAAUAAGAGGGACAACGAUGAUGAAUUUGAUAAUGUAGGUGAAGGAGUUGGGAUGGAGAAUGGCAAGUACAAGUCAUCAAAAUAUUGGCCAGAUAUUGAACCUACGGACAAUGCUGAUAUUUCUGGUGAGUCUAUGGAUGCUUUGUCACCAACAAAGUCCGAAGACACGUUUGAGAGUUUCCCGGCAGAGAGCAACAUAGGAAAUGGUGAAGGCAGUCAGGAAAAUGAAGAUCUAUUUGCAUCGUCACCACAUUCAAUUCUAGCAAGUUCUCUUAAUAUGACUCCGGAUCACAUAGAGGCAGCCAGAGUUUUUGUUGAGACUCUCGCAUCGUCAAAGAAGCAUGCACACCGAACUGUGGUUGAUGUGCCGCCACCAGAUGGGGACAUAUGCACGCCAGCUAUGCUUCAUGAUGUCCUCACGUUUAAAUGGUUGAAUCGCGCUAUCAUCAAUGCAUAUUGUAAACACCUACAACACCGUGAUUUUUCUGAUCGUUACAUAUCAACAACAUGGUUCCCCAAAUUUAUGUUGAAUAGGGCAAGUGGAAAGACCAAGUCAGUAAAUGAUUUAGACUCAGAGAAUGUUACAAAGAAAACAAAAGUCCUCGCAAGAGUAAUGGAUGAGUAUUUCAGACGGGGCAAGGCGUAUUUUCCCAUGCACGUUAAUGAUAAUCAUUCGAUAACCAUAGUGAUGGACACCGUCAAGGAGGAGUUUCAAGUUCUUGACUCAAAUUCUAAAGGCGCAAUUAGCCAAAGAAUUCGCAAUAUCAUUGCCACCCUGAGAGCUGAAAUUUCUAAGGAUAUUAUGGAGGCCACGAGGUAG